GCCGCCGCCGCCGCCGGGGCUGGUGGUUGGGACAAUGGCCGCCUCCUUAGUCUUGGUGCUGGUCGUGGCGGUGACGGUCAGGGCUGUGCUGUUCCGCUCCUCGCUGGUGGAGUUUAUCUCAGAGCGAGUAGAAGUGGUCUCUCCUCUGAAUUCUUGGAAGCGAGUUGUGGAAGGGCUUGCUUUGCUGGAUCUAGGAGUGUCCCCAUAUUCUGGAAAUCUGUUCCAUGAAACACCUCUUACAUUAUAUCUCUUUCAUUUCCUUAUUGACUAUGCAGAGUUUGUCUUUAUGGCAAUGGAUGUUAUAACUGCAGUUGCACUGUAUAUUGUUGCUGAUGAUUUCAACAAAGUUGUGUUUAGAAAACAGCGGAUUGCUUUUGAAUUUCAGAAAUAUGCUCCUGAUGUCAUCACGCUGGUCAGGACUCCAAAAGAAAUGUAUCAUAUUCCUCUUAAGGUAGCACUGUUCUACCUCCUGAAUCCAUUCACUGUGCUUACCUGCGUGGCAAAAUCUACAUGUGCUAUCAACAAUGCAAUUAUUGCAAUUUUUAUUUUAGCCACUGUGAAAGGUAGUGCCUUUCUUAGCGCUGUAUUUUUAGCUUUGGCUGCAUACCAAUCCUUGUAUCCUGUCGCAUUGUUUGCUCCAGCAUUACUGUACCUUGCACAGAAACACUAUGUGUUGGUGAACCUACACAGCACUACUUUCUUGCUACAUUUGCUCAAGUAUGCAGUCAUGUUUUUGGGUUGCCUGAUGGUCAUCAUAUGCUUAUCGUUUUUUUUGCUGAAUUCGUGGAGCUUCAUUCCCUCUACCUAUGGCUUCAUUCUUUCUGUUCCAGAUCUUACACCAAACAUCGGUCUUUUCUGGUACUUCUUUGCUGAGAUGUUUGAGCACUUCCGCUUGUUUUUUGUGUGUGUAUUUCAAAUCAACGUGUUCUUCUACACACUUCCUCUGUCAGUGAAAUUAAGAGAUCAUCCCAUGUUUUUCAUGUUCGUUCAGCUUGCAAUCAUUGCAAUUUUUAAGUCUUACCCUACAGUAGGAGAUGUAGCGCUAUACAUGGCUUUCCUACCCAUGUGGAAUCACCUUUAUAGAUUCCUUCGGAACAUCUUUGUGGUGACUUGCAUGCUGAUAUCUUCAUCAGUGUUGUUCCCUGUUCUCUGGCACCUUUGGAUUUAUGCUGGAAGUGCAAAUUCCAACUUUUACUAUGCCAUUACCUUGGCUUUUAAUGUGGGACAGAUCCUGUUGGUUUCUGAUUACUUCUAUGCCUACAUUCGGAGAGAGUAUCAUCUCAUCGAGGGACUUAAUUUGAAGUCCAAGGAUGGCAAAGAAGCCCAUGUUGUUCUUAAAUAAGGGACCAAUUAAUGCCAUGUAUUAAUAUUAAAAUCCCAACACACUCCCGUUUUAUUUUGUAGAGAAGGUACUGUUGCUCAGGACAUCAGUGUCCCUCAUUGUGAUACAGCUAUGGAUUGCAGGAUUCAAUCACUUAAGAACAUUUGUUUUUAUGGUGCUUGAAGCACCAGGAGGACAAGAGUUUAAGUUCAAAGUACUGUCAACUAAAACAAAGUUUUAAAAAUAUAUUAAGUUUUUUUGGAAGUUAAUUUUUUUCUCUUCUUUCUAAACAAUAAGAGUCAUAUUGCAGUGGAGCUGUGCUAGCCUGGGAAUUCAGAUGCUCGUGACUUGAUGUUCAUGUUGAGAUAUGCUCCUGUUUUUACCCUCUGCAGCCCUUAGCUGGAAAUGAGUUACAAAUGAUGAAGGUUCCUGUGGAAUGUUGGUUAACUACUGAUGGGUCUGUCUUCCCAGUGUAUUUAGUUUGACUUACCUUGCACUGAUUCCCAAGUUUAUUACCACGGAACUCAGCAGUACCUAAUUUAAGGCUGUGUUACACGAGUGUUGGACUAGAGGCCAUCCUUUCUGAUGGGUUCACAUUGCACGUAUCUCAACUCAGGAUACUUGACCACACUUCUGAGAAGUGGAACUAGUCUUGUCAGAAAUCUAAAAUUGGGUGGGAUGGACUGUGUAAUAUAUGGGCUAAAAAUAUAAUUGUCAAGUCCAAAUCAGCAACUGAAUGUACAAACAUCCUUUUCAAUAUAAACUUCUGUUAUAACACUCUCUGCUUUAUACCCCUUAAAUGAUUGUAAGAUUCUGUUGAUAAAGCUAAUCAAACCCUUUGGA